AGUUCUUCAAUAACUUCUUCUGGUUUUAUUGAGUAGUUUUUAUUUACAUCGCUAAACCGUUCAAUCUUCCAGUGGAUAUUUUGACUAACAUACUGGGCGACAUUAAUGUCGCCCAGUGAACAUUUUUUGUCACCUAGUAGAUUGUAAUAUUAAUAACUGGACGACAACAAUUUUUUGGUAGAAAUAUAAAAAAAACGAUAACACAUCAAGUAAUAAUUAGAAAUUUGGAAUAAUUAUAUUUAUGCGUAAUGCUAUAAAUUGCUAACAUCACUAUAAGUUGCCCAUAUACUGUCGAAUAUACACACCAGCGAUCGGCUUCAUUAUCUAUUUUCAUUUAUAUUGUUUUGUGGGUAUUUGACGACGUUAUCGCGGCGCCGUAUCGCAGCGUUGACGUGUGUAAUAACAUGUCUAUUUUUAUUUCAGCCAAAUUUCUUAGUAUUUAAUUUUGUUUUAUCGUAAAUAUUCUGGUAUUUUCUGGCAUUUUUCCGGCAUCCGUCGAACAUCGAGAUCGAAGUGGAUUGAUAAAAAUCAUAAGAUAUCAAUAUAUCAAAUCAAUUUAAUCCGUUAUAGUUCCCAAUAUUAAAAUGGCCAAAUGUAUUACAGACUAUUUUUUUGAAAAAGAUCAAAAUAUAGAAAAAAAAAGAAAAUUAAUUAUUGAAAAUCGUAUACCGUGUACAAGUACCAAUUCUUUGUCUAGUACACUUGAUACGACAGAAAAUGAAUCUCAGUUAAAUACAGAGUGGUAUAAAAGGUCGAAACUAGAUGUUACUUGGUUGUUGCAAACAUUUUCUAUGCUCAAAAAAAUUAAAUUGGGGAAGCGAUCAGGAUUAAAAUGCAUGGUUUGCUUUGAGCAAAUUUCAGAAGCUAUAAAGUUUUCUCGUAAUGGGCAUGUCCCAAUAGCUGAUGGUAUAAGAUGUGAUGGUAAAAGAGAAUUGAUGAGGGUUGUUGACCAUUUGCAUAGUGACGCUCAUAAUGCCGCUCGUAAAGCUGACGAGACUCAGCGCCUAUGGCUAACACAGGCUGAUAAACAUCCAUGGGUGAAAAUUCUUAAAAACCGUGAGUCAGAAAUUAUUAAAAAUUUAAUUGAAUUAGCUGUCGAUGUCCAUAAUGAUAGCAAAGUAUUGACAUUAUCUGCUAAUUCUUGGCCAUCUAGAUCACUUUCGAAAAUGCAUGCUAAUGCUCAAAUUGCUAGUUAUGGAGAACAUGGUUUAGAUUCUAAAUUUGCUUGUUUUAAACAAUCCUCUUCUGCAGUUCACUACAAAAAUCCUGUUAUAUAUCGUGAAAUGUUAGAUACAGUCGUCUAUCAGCAGUCAUUGCGUGCACACGUUCUCUUAUCGUUCUCUUAUUGCUAUAUUGUUACAGCUAGUAAUAUAAAAUGGUAUCUUGUCCUAUUUGUUCUUUAACUGUGAAACGUAGUCAAUCUAACUUAACUUGUAAUAAUUGCAAACAUUUGUUUCAUCCCGAAUGUGUCUCUUUAAAAAAAGAAGAUGUAGAUUUUCUUACAAGUGCCAACAAACUGUGGACGUGUCAAAACUGUACCAAAUCAAUGAAGAUCCUUCAACAGUCUGACUUUUCAAACAGUCCAGUUACCUCACAGUCCAGUGACAAGCAUUUUGAUUCUACUGAUUUAAAACGUAUAUUAAGUAGUUUGGAUGAUGUUCGAGCUGAGCAAUCAAAGCUUUUUGAUUUGGUUAACAAUCAAAGUAAGAAACUUGAUGUUCUUGAUAAUAAAUUUACAUGUGUUCUUACGGAACUAUCUGCGCUAAAGGAAGAAAAUAAAAUACUUAGAAAUAACAUUGACUCAUUGGUAAACCGAGUAGUUUCUUUAGAAACAAAACAACUGAAUUCAUCUUCCAAUGAUGAUGCAUUUUCGGAAUUCAUAGACCGUCAGUCUCGAUCUAAAAAUGUUAUUUUAUUUAAUGUUCGUGAGCCGAUCGAUAAUAGCGAAAAUAAUUCAGAUAUUUCGACUGUUAAUCUCAUACUACGUAAUCUCGGUGUAGAUAUUAAACCUGUUAUUGUUCAACGUUUAGGCAAACCUAAUAAUAAUUGCCGUCCGAUAAAAGUUUUGUUACCAUCUAUCUCUGAUGUUUAUAAAAUUCUCGGUUCUACCUGUAAACUUAAAUCCGAUCAAACGUUUAAUGAUGUUAAAAUAACUAGUGAUAAAACACCGAAGCAACGGCAACAUUUCAAAGACCUACGUAUUCAACUCAAUAAUCGUCUUUCAAGUGGUGAAAAAGAUUUGACAAUUAAAUAUAUCAAAGGCUGUCCAUCUAUCGUUUCUUCUACGGUUCAAAAAAACUAACUAAAAAGUCUGAACUAUCAAUAUAUUAUCAAAAUGUAAGAAGUCUAGUCUCUAAAAUUGAUUACCUUAUUCCUAUAAUUAAUACUUCUUUCUUCCAUAUAAUUUCAUUUUCCGAGACCUGGCUUUCUGGUAAUAUAUCUAAUUCUGAGCUGAAAUUUAAUAAUUAUACAAUUUAUAGAUGUGAUAGGUCUUUGUCUAAUAGUAAUUGUAAUGUUGGUGGUGGAGUUUUAAUCGCUGUUGACUCUAGUUUAAAAAGUAAAAUUUUAAAUGUAUCUAUUAACAGUGUCGAACAUUUAUUUGUACAUUUACAAUUAGGUAAAACUACGUACAUACUUUGUUGUGUUUAUAUUCCACCUCGUUCGAAUAUCAUUUUGUAUGAAAAUUUUUUUUUUGCUCUUAAUGAACUUUAUCAAAAUAAUCUUAAUUCUAAAAUAAUCGUAUUAGGUGAUUUUAAUUUACCUUCGUUAAUUUGGUCUGAUAUUACCUUACCUGUUAAUUGUAUUUCAAAUAUUGAAUCUUAUUUUAUAAGUAUGUUAUCUCAACUUAAUUUAAACCAAUAUAAUUAUAUUCGUAAUCAUAAUAAUGUCAGUUUAGAUUUAAUAUUAUCAAAUGUUCAUGUUAAUGUCUUUAACGAUCCUGACCCAUUAUUGCCUAUUGAUAAGCACCACCCUGCAUUAAAUAUAUCAUUAGAUUGUAAUCAAUUUGACCUACUACAAGUACCGGAAUCAAUUUAUGACUUUAAAAACUGUAAUUAUAUUAAUAUCAUUAACUAUUUAGGAAACUCAAUCUCAAAUCAGGUUUUUAAUUCAUCU